GAAGCACCAGCACAAUGAUGGCGCCUGAUAUCAACAAUGAUGGUGUUUCUACAUGCGGCUGUAAAGGCAUCCGACGAUGUAUCAUAUGUGAAAAAUUCAAAGGGAAAACUCAGACAGAGACAAGGGAACCGGAGAAGAUGCACCAUUUCCUCUAUGAUGCUGAAACAAAACUCGCUGUCUGCAAAGAUGGAGAUGGAAAAGGUGCAUCUUUUCCUUUUCCCGGUGUCUUCCUGUGGGAGAACUUCAUAUCUGAGGAAGAGGAGAAGGAGCUGAUUGGCUUCAUGGACCAGGAUGUUUGGAAUCUGUCACAGUCUGGUCGAAGGAAACAGGACUAUGGUCCAAAGGUGAACUUCAAGAAAAAGAAAUUGCGUCUAGCUAACUUCAAUGGACUCCCUGGUUUGAGCCAGAAACUGGUGCUGCGGAUGCAACAGGAGCCAAACCUGCAGGGCUUCCAACCGGUGGAGCAGUGUAACCUGGACUACCACCCUCAGCGAGGCUCCGCCAUCGAUCCGCACUUAGACGACUCGUGGCUGUGGGGUGAAAGGCUUGUCACGGUCAACAUGCUCUCAGAGACUGUGCUCACCAUGUCUCUGGAGGAGGGCCUGCCAGAGCGCGGGCUGGUGGGGAAUAUCCGCGUGGCCGUACGGCUUCCCAGGAGGUGUUUGGUGGCACUGUAUGGGGAGGCGAGGCACAGAUGGAAGCAUGCCAUUCACAGAGAAGACAUUCAGGAGCGCAGAGUCUGCAGCACCUACAGAGAGCUGUCUGCAGAGUUCCUGCCUGCAGGGCGGCAGGCGGAGCUGGGAGCCAAGCUACUCGAUAUUGCUUUGACGUUCAGAGGAACUCCUGUAUAAACGCAUCAGACAGAUAAAGAGAAAGCUCAACACGUCUUAAGUGUCCUUGACUGAAGUGAAUGCUUGUAGUCUUUUGCUCAGCCAUUUAACAAAACAAGGCAAAACACCUCUGAUAUUCCAGACUGUUGUGAAGCACUGUUUUAUAUGUUUGUUUUUUUUAUUCAAACUUUCAGAACAGUUUUAUCCAAAUCUUUGCGACUGUGUUCUUAAAAUAAAGUAUUUUCUUUCA